GUGGGCCUGUCGCCCCCGCGGUUCCGCGCGCGUCCUUCGGAGCCGCGGCCCCUGCGCUGCGCCGGCGGCCCUGCAACAGGCGGCCGGUCGGGCGCAGUCCCCCUGGCGCGACCUUGGACCCCGGCAUGCCAGCCUCGGCCCCUCAGCCGGCCCAGGUUCGGCUCCCGCUUGCUGCACGGACGGACCUGGACGGCCCCCGACAGCCCCGGCGGCCGCGCUGUCAGUGCGACGCCUCGGCCCGGAGCGCCGGCCAAUGGUCUGCCCACUCCCACCCCGGCUCCGAGCCCAGCGCCUUCCGCCCGGGCGCGUCCCUACCCCGCUCCGGCCUCCGCGCCGCGAUGGUCCAGAACGCAUCCCAUCCGCACCCGACGCGGGCCGUCCCCUGGGAAGUGGGACCCCCUUUCCCUUUGUUGCAGACCUUGCUUCGUGCUGCCAGGGACUGGGCUUCGUGGAGGGCAGACGCUGGGGCCCUGCAGAGGACUGAGGGUGCCUACUCAGUAAAUUGUGUUGAGUUGAACAUUGUUCAGAGAUGCUUCCGACUCUGUCAUCCAUGAAUUCAUGAAAAUUCAUUUUACGUCCUUCAGUUUGUAUCUACUUGGGACAUAAAACCUCCUUCCUGCUCCCUCCAAAGCUCUGAACUGGAAAGCACUGAACGUAGGGCCUUGCUUGCCGUGACUAGAAUCGGGGACGUUAUGGGGCCGAGGGUAGUUAAUCUAGGGAAGGGCUUCAUCAUAGAGGAACCUGGGUAAAAUGAAUAGGAGGUUGAGGGUGCCAGAGAGUGAGCCCCCAAGAACAUAUUUUAUUUCAGAAAAACAGGCAUGGGAAGGGAAUCGCAAAAGAUGUGCAGCAUUCCACUUAAUAUUUUAUUCUUUGAAAUUUUAUGAAUUAGCAAAGCGAAGUUACACUGUGAAAUGGUGUUUUUCAUCUAAGUCAGCAAAGAUUAAAAAAAAAACAACAACACUAUUGGUGUGCUAGACAGUGGUUGCAAUCCAGUUCUCGUACUUUGCCGGUGGAGAAUAAAUUGGUACAACCUCUACGGAAGGCAAUUUGGCAAUAUCUAUUGAAAUGGCAACUGCACAUUCAAAUUAAGAUGAUCUAGCAGUUCUAUAUCUAGUAAAUGUUCCUCAUUUAACUGCUACAUAUAUGGCAGAUCUCAGUGACUUUCAGUGCAAAACUGUUGGCAACAGCAAACAAUUGAAGGAAACCCAAAUGUCUCUCUGAAAAGGAUUGGUUAAAUAAAAUACGGUUAUACAUACAAUGGACUGUGGGUGGGAUACGAAGUUAUCAUGUGUAAAAGCUAAUAAAAGGGGGAAAUUUUGUUCUACAGCUCUGCCUGCAAAUGCAUAGGUGCUACCUGGAAGGGUGACAGGAAAGUUGAAUAGCUUCCUCUGGGAGAGGAUCUGGUUAGGGGGCAUAAGUGGGAGGGAAAUUUAAGUUUCAUAAUACAGUAUACCUUUCUGUUUUAUAGUAGAGUCUAUUUUUCCUUUUUUCUUUCAAGGGUCCAGUAGGGGAUUGAAAAAGAAGCACAUUUGGGGAGGGGAUAGUGGAGGAACGUGAGGUGGGGAAGGGAGAUGUGGCAAGUGGUCCGCUGGCUGGCAGUGCUGUGGCCUGGAGAGUGCACAGCUCAGCCCCACAGCUCGGUGUAGGACUGGCUGCCCCCAGUCACUUGUGGUUGGCUUGGAGUGCUUGGCCAAAAUGUGUUUGCAGUAGCUGGUUUUACUCAUGGGGUUUCUGAGGCUCCUGUUCAAAUCAGUUUGCAAUUUUUUGAACAUAUUGACUCAAUUAUUAGAAGUUAAGCUUGAAUUUAAAAGACAAUGCAGACAAUCUUGAAUGUACCAAAUUUACUUGAAGUUACAGUGCUUGACUCAAAAUCUCGGUUAAAGAAGGUAGGGCCUGGAACCCUCCCCUGUACCACCACCUAGGCCUGUUGUCUUUUUUAUUCAUCCAUUCCUGUUGUGGGGGGGACCCAGUGUUCUUUCCCAAUAGAAGAGAGGAAGAGCCCUUGAGAACCUCAUUUGUGCUGGUGCUUUGUUUUCAUCCUUUAGGAAAUUUGAGAAUGCCCCGAGGGGCUGGGUGCUUGUAGUCCCCUUUUCUCAGCUGAGGGGCUUGACACUCAGGUUCACCACACUGAGUCCACCGUGGGGCUGGGUUUCCUGCCUGGGUCGGUCUGUCUCUAGAACCCUUUUGUUUCAUGGUGAUGCUGAAGCAGAUAAAAUGGAAAGGAGAAUCUUGGCAAUGAAGAGACACAGGUCAGGAGGAAGAAGGCACCAAGUUUGGACAGCAGUGGGAGGGGAGAGUGAAUUAGAGGUUUGAGACCACGGGGAAAGCACAGCUGACAGCCACGGUGCUGAGGUUGGGAGCGGUGGUCAGGAUGGCGGAGGAGCAGGAGUUUGCCCAGCUCUGCAAGUUGCCGGCACAGCCCUCCCACCCGCACUGUGUCAGCAACACCUACCGGAGCGCACAGCACUCUCAGGCGCUGCUCCGGGGGCUGCUGGCUCUGCGGAACAGCGGCAUCCUCUUUGACGUGGUCCUGGUGGUGGAGGGGAGGCACAUCGAGGCCCAUCGCAUCCUGCUGGCUGCGUCCUGCGAUUACUUCAGAGGAAUGUUUGCUGGGGGGCUGAAGGAGAUGGAGCAGGAAGAAGUCCUGAUCCACGGCGUGUCCUACAAUGCCAUGUGCCAAAUCCUGCAUUUCAUUUACACGUCCGAGCUGGAACUCAGCCUGAGCAACGUCCAGGAGACGCUGGUCGCCGCCUGCCAGCUUCAGAUCCCCGAGAUCAUCCACUUCUGCUGUGACUUCCUCACGCCCUGGGUGGAUGAGGACAACAUCCUUGACGUCUACCGGCUGGCCGAGCUCUUUGACCUGAGCCGCCUGACCGAGCAGCUGGACGCCUACAUCCUCAAGAACUUCGUGGCCUUCUCGCGAACUGACAAGUACCGCCAGCUGCCCCUGGAGAAGGUCUAUGCCCUCCUGAGCAGCAACCGCCUGGAGGUGUCCUGCGAGACGGAGGUGUAUGAGGGUGCCCUGCUCUACCACUACCCUCCGGAGCAGGUGCAGGCUGACCGGCUCCCGCUGCAUGAGCCACCCAAGCUCCUGGAGACCGUGCGCUUCCCCCUCAUGGAAGCCGAGGUCCUGCAGCGGCUGCACGACAAGCUGGACCCCAGCCCCCUGAGGGACACAGUGGCUGAAGCCCUCAUGUACCACCGGAACGAGAGCCUGCAGCCCAGCCUGCAGGGCCCACAAACCGAGCUGCGCUCGGACUUCCAGUGCGUCGUGGGCUUUGGGGGCAUCCACUCCACGCCGUCCACUGUCCUCAGCGACCAGGCCAAGUACCUGAACCCGCUGCUGGGGGAGUGGAAGCACUUCACCGCCUCCCUGGCGCCCCGCAUGUCCAACCAGGGCAUCGCCGUGCUCAACAACUUCGUGUACCUGAUUGGAGGGGACAACAAUGUCCAGGGCUUCCGCGCUGAGUCCCGCUGCUGGAGGUACGACCCGAGGCACAACCGAUGGUUCCAGAUCCAGUCGCUGCAGCAGGAGCAUGCCGACCUGUGCGUGUGUGUUGUGGGCAAGUACAUCUACGCGGUGGCCGGCCGCGACUACCACAAUGACCUGACCACUGUGGAGCGCUACGACCCUGCCACCAACUCCUGGGCCUACGUGGCCCCGCUCAAGAGGGAGGUGUACGCCCAUGCGGGUGCCACACUGGAUGGGAAGAUGUACAUCACGUGCGGCCGCCGGGGCGAGGACUACCUGAAGGAGACCCACUGCUAUGACCCGGGCAGCGACACCUGGCACACGCUGGCUGACGGGCCAGUGCGGCGGGCCUGGCAUGGCAUGGCCACCCUCCUGGACAAGCUGUACGUGGUCGGGGGCAGCAACAACGACGCGGGCUACAGGAGGGACGUGCACCAGGUGGCCUGCUACAGCUGCAAGUCCGGGCAGUGGUCAUCCGUCUGCCCGCUCCCAGCAGGGCACGGUGAGCCCGGAAUCGCCGUGCUAGACAACAGGAUCUACGUGCUGGGUGGCCGCUCGCACAACCGGGGCAGCCGCACUGGCUAUGUGCACAUCUAUGACGUGGAGAAGGACUGCUGGGAGGAGGGCCCGCAGCUGGACAACUCCAUCUCGGGCCUGGCGGCCUGCGUGCUCACCCUGCCGCGGUCCCUGCUCCUUGAGCCACCACGCGGGACGCCUGACCGCAGCCAGGCCGACCCGGACUUCGCCUCUGAGGUGAUGAGUGUGUCUGACUGGGAGGAGUUUGACAACUCCAGUGAGGACUAGGGUCCCAGGCCAGGUGGGGGGUGCGGGGGGUGGUAGCUCCCAGCUUCCCCCACAGCACUUUGCCCUGGAGCACUUGACCCCAGGCUAGCAGCGGCCUUCCCUCCCACCACCUCCCAUCGGCAGGUAUUUUUGGGGCCCUGCAGACCUGUGGCUGUGGAUCACCCCAUAGUGGGAAACCUUUGGGAAGGGCUCGGUCCCCUGAAGUUCACCAGGCUUUCUCCUCCUCAGCAGGGACGGGCUGUGCCACCACCAGCUGUCCUGGCCUCCCUGCUCCCUGGUUCUGGUUCCUACUGGGCCGAGAGGGCACCCUUCUCCCAAGGGACCUGGGGACUGGCCCCUAGUGAGGGGGCCAGAGCACAUCUUGUCCCUCUCGUCGGCAGGGAGGGGGCGUGGUGAGCCCAUCGCCUGCCUAGCAGCUCCCAGGGCCGGAAGGGGAGAGAGAUCCAUCAGGUUGCCUGAGGCUGAUUCUUUGAUAAAAUGAUGCCCUGUAGCUGGGCUUUUCGGCCCCCAUGUUGUUGAUAAAUGAAAUAAAUCAUCUUACACGA